GGCUCCUUCCACGAAAGCCUGGGCGAGCGGCCGCGCGAGGCCCGCCGGAGAGUAUGGGGGUGACCCAGUCCUUGGAGCUGCCGCACGGGACGGGCUCGUACCCCGUCGGCUGCACGGACGUGAUGGUGGGCCAGACGCAGAAGGGCCUCUUCUUCCGCUUGUUUUACCCCUGCACCCCUUGCGAUGGAGCCGAGCAGCCCUCCUGGAUCCCCCGCUACGAGUAUUAUUGUGGGUUGGCCGACUACAUGAACAUGAACCGGAGGUGGUGUGCCCCUCUGCUCAGUGUGACUUUCGGUUCGUGUAAAAUACCCGUGAGUUGGGAUGCACCGUUUAGACUGAGUAGUCACAAGUAUCCUCUGAUCAUAUUCUCCCACGGAUUAGGAGCUUUUCGGACUGUGUAUUCUGCCGUCUGCAUCGAAAUGGCUUCACGGGGGUUCUUGGUGAUGGCACUUGAGCACCGAGAUCAUUCUGCCUCUGCCACUUACUUUUGCAAGCUGAAUCCCGAAGCACCAGACUUCCCAGAGGCUCAGGUUCAGGAACAAUGGCUCACCUAUCGAGGAGCACCAAAGGAGAAAGAGUUUCGCUUCCGAAACCCACAGCUCCAUCAAAGAGCCAACGAGUGCAUUCGAGGGCUCAAGCUGAUCCGGAGCAUCAACAACGGCAAGGCAGUUGCCAACCUCUUACAAACCGACUUUGAUCUCUCUGUUCUGAAGGAUAAUGUGGAUCUAACCAAAGCUGCCGUCAUGGGCCACUCCUUUGGCGGAGCCACAUCCAUUCUGGCCCUUGUUAAAGAAGCCCAGUUUAAAUGUGCUGUUGCUCUUGAUGCCUGGAUGUUCCCACUGGAGAACUCGCUGUAUCCGAAAGUGACCAAGCCAGUGCUUUUUGUCAACACAGAAGCAUUCCAGACAGCAGAAAGUGUGGCCAAAAUGAAAAAGAUUGCCACCACAAGCAGCGAGACCAAGAUUAUAACCAUUUUGGGUACCGUUCACCAGAGUCAGACUGAUUUCACCUUCCUUGCGGGGAAUCUUGUGAAUAAAGUCUUCAAAACCAGAGGCACCAUCGAUCCCUACAAAGGCCUCAACCUCACCAACCAGGCUGCUCUUGCCUUCCUGCAGAAACAUCUCCAGCUGAAAGAAGAUUUCGAUAAAUGGGAUGAACUUCUGGAAGGGGUUGGUGACGCCGUUGUUCCGGACAGUCCUCUGCAGAGGUCCAGCCUCUAGACUUGAGAUGUCCUCUUUCUCACUUAAGGUGCUUUGAGGCAACCUCUGUUCUCUCCCAACUUGGGAGGAGAGUGGCAAGGAGCUCCCUCCCUUAUCCAGUAGCUGCUCAGAAUCUCGGCCUGCUAGCAAACUCAGGGUGGACUUGCUGCUGAAACCCAGGCUCCCUAGAUGGGGUUCUUUUUUCUUCAGGAUUACAGACAGAUGAUCAAAAAUGAGCCAAUUUCUCUGCUUCUUUACACUGGCAUGGAGAAUAAAAAGUGGUGUUCCUUUCCGGACUGUUCCAUGAGAACGUUCUCACUCACAGGGUCUCUUGGAACUGAAAAGGAGCUGGCCAGGAAGGCUGCUGUCACUUAAGGUCUGGGUGGAAUUUCCCCUUAGAGAGCAAAUGCUGCCAACUUGUAUUCACAGACUUUGUGGUGACAGCUGCAGAAUGAAGGAUUGGGCAGCUCAUCAUGGAAACCAGAGCAAAAGCUGUCCUGGCUUGCUGGAGCCAAUGUUCAAUGCUGCACAGAAGCACCUCGCUUUCAACCCUUUUCUUUUUCAUACUAGUUACUUCUCAGGUGUUUCACAGCCACCAUCUUCUUGUGCUCCUGUGGCCUGUGUUGGGGUGGUCCUGUGUCUUUUUCUUGAACCCAAGUAAUACUGGAAUCUCCUCUGGGCAAACACCUCCUCGUAUGUGGUUGUGGUGGGACGAGUGUGGUGUUGGCAAAGGCAGGGGAGAGAGAAAUUACCCCUUGGGUCUGGCCAGCUGAAGGCCCAGGUGCUCAGGCAUGCCUUGGAACAUCUCGCUCUCUGGAUAGGUGUGCCGCUACUUGUAUUCCGUGUGACUUCUCUCCCAUUAACCUGCAAGUGAUGAUCAGAGAUACUGGGAGGAUUCUGCCCUCUUCCCAAGCUCCCCAGUGACUCCUGGAUUGGGGUUUCAGUAGGAAGCAGGACCUAUAGAGGGAGCCCUUGCUUAGCCCAGAUUGGCAGCACCCACAGCUGGAAUGGGUCUGCAGGCCAGGGGUUCCCCCACCCCCCGUACUGCUUACGCCUGCCUGCUCGGGGGUGUCCCACUGGGCUUCCAUGGGCCUCAUCCCCGGAUCAGCAAGGUCAACACUGCACCUGAGUGCUUUUUGUCUGGCAACUUCUCCUGCUACUCAGUCAUUGAUCUGGUGUGAGCGACAUUUCUAUUGCUGGAAUACUUUUGUGUGUGUUUAUAUUGUUAUAUCCUACCUGGAAUGACUAUUUUUAAUCCUUUUUCAGAGCAGAUUUUCAAAUCACUUUAAAUAGCACUGAAGCGCCUUUUAAAAUGUCUGCAGUUUUAUACAGCUACUUCAAUAACGUUGGAAAGUAGACUUUAAAAAAAAAAACUAUGAUAAAAUGGGGUAGCCCUGAAAA